UUUCUACGAAACACGGCAAACACACCCAUUUUCGUUUUCCUCCUCUCUCUCACACCCAUUCCCACCACCCGUUUUGGGUGAAAUUGGGUCGAAUCCGUUGCUGGGCAAGGUGCAGCAGAGGCAGGCCAUGUUAACACAUGUGGUCCAUCACCAUGGGUUGACGUGACGACGUCGGAAUUUGAAGAAAUCAAACCGCGUCAAUUGGGGAUUGCGAAUGGCGAUUUUUCUGGAAUCGAUUAAGAUAGUUUAAUUGCUGCUUGGGCUGAAUUGAGGCCCUAGUUAGAGUGGCCUGGACAUGGGCAACUGACCGGUGAUGGUCCGCGAACAAGUUGGUGGUCGAAGGGUGAAAUUCGACAGUUUUCAGAUUUUCAGGCAGCUGAAUUUGUGGUUCUUUUCCGGCCGAUCCAAAGGCUUAGUAUGGAGAAAUUACUAUGUGUUAGAUACUAUAUUAGGCUUUUCAGUAAUUUGUUAUCUGAUCAGUGGAAACAAAUGGGAUGGCAACUGGUUGAGCAUAUUGACAAAUUCGCAGAUGAGCCUUGCUAAGCUUGAUGAAUUGCGGCAAGCUGCUAAAAUAGAGGUAGAAAUGCGCUUCAGAAAGAAACGAGCUGAGUUAAAUACAAAGGUUGAAAUGCGGGUUCUGCUUAUCCUUAAGGCUUAUAAGCAAAGGAGGGCCACAUUAAAGGAGAGAACAUCUCAACCAUUGCUUCGAAGGAUGGCAAGGGAGAGCAAGUAUAAGGAACGAGUGUGCACUGCAAUAUGUCAAAAGCGUGUAGCUGCUGAGAAGAAGCGACUGGCAUUGUUGGAAACAGAGAAGAUUAGGGUACGUGCCAGGGUCUUGGAGGUGCGGAAGGUAGCAAGGUCCAUUUCUCACCAGCGAGAAAUUGAGAUGAUGGAAAUGAAGAACAAGCUAGAAGAUAGACUACAAAGGUAAGAAGACAGAGAGCAGAAUAUUUAAAGCAGAGAGGAAAGCCUCAGAAUUUUGUUUGUUACGAGUGGAAUAUCACGCAAGAGCAGGAGGCUGACAUCCUUUCCUGAAAAUUAGCAAGGUACAUGCAGGAGCCUCCUUGGUGUUUGUACAAGUUUAUAUGUAAAAUAGUUAGCUGUAGUCAGUUAAAAAGUUUUAUUUAUUUAUUAUUAUUAUUUUUUUAUAUUUUGCAUUGUAUUAUAAUAUCCUUUAAAUUUUGGCCCCCACUUUUUUUUUUAACGUAUUUUAUCAAGUUGGAGACAGGUUAAACUUUUCUCCUCA